AUGAAUGUCUCUGAUUUGCUCAACCCUUUGCCUCAGCGCAACAGCAACAAUAACACCAAAUUUGUUCGCCCAAGAUGCAUCUCUACUCCUGUAAUUCCUUCAUCUUCCUCCUCCUCAACCACUGCAAGACACUAUUAUGACCCUAGUCAGCACAUGGAUCUCCAUCAUCUUCAUCAGCAACAUCUCCAACAUCAAAAUGUCAUUGGCAAACCACGUAGCAGAUUUUCUGAAUACGAGGACAACAUCAUACGCCAAGGUGUUGCUCAAAGAUUAACAUGGGGCCAAAUCUCGGAUCUCUUGCCACAUCGUAAGCGUGCAACUUGCUUCAACCGUUACAGAACCCUGCAAGGUAUUCGCAAAUCACGUAAACUAUCGGAAGCAGACUCUCCAGAAAUGUCAUCCUCCUCAUCGCUCAGUCCUGCAAGUCCUGUUACAUCAUGCUUCAGUGAUCCAAAGACACCACCUAGCUCCACUUAUACACAGCCCAGCUGGUUUCCCUCGUCUGCUGCUGAUGUAAUCUAUGACCCACAACAACAUAUGUCUCUUGAAAAAUACCCAGCCUCUUCUUAUGUCAAUGAUAUCAACAGCAGUAGUAGCAGUAGUGAUUCAUCAUCUGAUGACAAUGACGAUUUCUCUUUUGCAGUACAGACAAUAAUGACAAAGAAGAGAUCUCAUAAAAUAUCAUUGCCUGCCUUGACCUCCUCAUAUCAUCAUCCCCAUCAUCCCCAUCAUCGAUCCACAUCAGCAUCUACUGCCGCUUCCAGAACGGUUCAAUCCUUUUAUAGCUAUUAA